AUGAAGUAUGGCCUACUUUGUCGUAUGUUAUGUGAAGCUAGAAGUGGAUAUAUUUGCAACAUGGAAAUAUACUGUGCGAAUGGUAAACAACUGGACCAAAUUACGUCAUUGCUCGAUACAAAUAUAGGUUUGGCAUAUCAUCUGUAUAUGGACAAUUAUUAUAACAGUAUUCGUACUGCAGAAUUGCUACUAAAAAAUGGUACUCGAGUUUGCGGUAUAAUUACAGCGAAUAGAGGUAUUCCCGAAUCUAUGAAGCAUAUCAGAUUAAAAACUGGAAAUUAUACAUUUAAAAGAAAAAACGAAAUUUUAGUACAGGCAAGAAAGCCAAAACGCAAAAUCGUAUACAUGAUCUCUACAAUACAUUCGGCAGAACUAACAAACACAACAAAAGUACAUUUGAAAACAAAACAAGCAAUUACAAAACCGCAAUCCGUCAUUGAUUAUAACAAAUAUAUGAUGGGCGUAGAUUUGGCCGACCAGUUUUUAUCAUACUAUUCCAUCCUGAGGAAAACAGUGAAAAAGACAAAAAAAACAGUUUUGUUUCUGUUAAAUUGCGCAUUGUUGAAUGCAUAUAGAUUAUAUGUUGAGUUCAAUGGUAACAUUAUAAGAUAUAAACAGUUUUUGUAUGCUAUACGUUUAUGGAUCGAGGAAUACUCAAGUGCUCAAAAAGUAUCGACUGAUUGUGCGGAAGAAAUACCUAAGUCUGCAUUAGUUCCUACACGUCGCACACCAAAAUAUCAUCACCCUCAGAGACUUUCGGUUGAUAUGAAGAAGCACAACGUUACUUGA